AAAAAUUUAUAUAUUAGUCGACAAUCGGCCAUGGUUGCAAGAUCUCAUCUCCCAUCCGGCACACUUGUGGCAACUAAUGGUCACCAAGUCCAGAGUGUCUCCCUUUGCCAAUACCAGAGGGAAGGAUAAAAGACCUACAAGAGGGGCGCAAACUAAACCAAAACCGAAUGAAGUCAAUUCAGAGGAGGUUAAAAGAUGGUUUUCUGUAGUUGAUGCUGCAACCUUAUCUAGGAAAAGUGCAUUAUUGCCUGUGAAGAAACUGAAGGUUUUAUCAAUAAGUAGCAACCUAAAUAGGACUUUAUAUGGCUUCAUUGUAUUUGAAGUUGCUUGGAGUGAUGUUCGUGGUAUAAACUAUUGUAAUGAACUUCAGACUGAUGCUUCAUUUGCCCUAGAGGCUAAAUUUAUGAGAAGAUGGGAAUUUGAUAGUAUGACACAAGCUGCUAGAUGUAUACGUUCAUGGUUCUCUGGGACUCAUGCUGAGCGAAGUACUAUGACAGAAUAUUUGGACCCUACUAUUGGUAUACUUUUGUUCAUGUCGGCUGUCUUUGCAUAUAAAUAAAAGUAACUUUAUACUAUUUCUUUUCUUACAUUGGAAUUCUUCAACUUUUCUAGGGAAUGAAAAGUCAUUACAGUAUGA